UGGUAAAACCCCUAGAGAAACCUCGUCUUCAAAAUCCUCCACCGAGGUCGCGGCCGGUGUUGAUUGUCCGGGGAUUUUCGGCGACGAUGUUUUCUGGUUUGGCGAGGAAUCUCCGAAGACAUUCUGUUAGAACCCUCUCUUCUCUGCUCCUCAAUCAAAGCAAUGAGGUUCUUACGGGCGGUGGUCCGUCGAAGUUGACGCCUGGAACGAGGAGCUCGGGUUUCCCGAUUUCCGAAUUGCCUCCUGCGAAAGGUUGGAAUUUUCUGAGUGGAGCUCGUGGUUUGUCGGCGAAGAGCAUGAGGAGUAAAGUGGAGAAGCGGAUGCAAAGGGAGUCCGGCAAAACCCUAAGGGAAAUUCGGAGGGCAAAGAAGUUGAGGAAGAAAUUGAUGACCGAUGAAGAGCGCCUCAUCUACAAUCUCAGAAGAGCAAAGAAAAAGAUUGCUUUGCUUCUUCAGAAGCUGAAGAAGUACGAGUUGCCGGAACUUCCACCACCGCGCCAUGACCCUGAGUUAUUAACACCGGAGCAGUUGCAGGCAUACAGGAAGAUCGGUUUCAGAAACAAAAAUUAUGUUCCUGUUGGCGUUCGUGGAGUCUUUGGAGGAGUUGUCCAAAAUAUGCACCUCCAUUGGAAGUUCCAUGAGACGGUGCAAGUUUGUUGCGAUAAUUUUCCAAAGGAAAAGAUCAAGGAGAUGGCAAUCAUGCUUGCAAGAUUGAGUGGCGGGAUUGUCGUAAACAUACACAAUGUGAAGACCAUCAUUAUCUUCCGUGGCAGAAAUUAUCGGCAGCCCAAGAAUUUGAUACCCAUCAAUACACUUACAAAGAGAAAGGCUUUAUUUAAGGCUCGAUUUGAGCAAGCUCUUGAGUCCCAGAAACUUAACAUAAAGAAAAUAGAGCAAGAGCUUCGGAGGAAGGGUGUAAAUCCUGAUGAUCCGAUUGCCAUGGCUAGCAUCCAGCGAGUCGCGUCCACAUUUUUCAAUGCUAUUGACAAGAGAGAAGGAAGUCCCUAUGUUUUCCGAGAGAAUAAAACCGAACAACCAGAAUCUGAAAGCAGCCUUCAGCAGCCGCAAGAAGGUGGAGAUGACAGCGACCAAGAGGAGCUUGAUCGGUUUAUUGCUGAGAUUGAAGAUGCUGCAGAUAAAGAAUGGGCUGCCGAAGAAGCUGCUGAGAAAGAGGAACUUAGUCAGAUUAGAUACUGGAAUCGACAAGAUUUUGGUGGUCGAUUUCGAAGAUCUGAAGGAACCGGUAGUGAGGAUUCUGAUGAAGAAAACAGGGAAAGGCCAACAAACUGGAACCGCACAGAUAGGAGGAAUUUCGACAACAGUGAGAGUGAAGAUGAAGAUGAUAAUGAAUGGGAUGGUCGUGGGAUGAGUGACAGUGACAACUCAGAAAUGGCAGCAAAGGUCGGAAAGCGGCAACAUCAUCAUAUUGGCAGCAGCCGCAGAAUGGAUUUUAGGAGAAAUGGCUUUGAAUAUGAAGGCAGGAAGAAGAAUCGGAACACUGCUUCAGACGGCAUGUUGAGCGACCUUGAAGACAUAGCUUCAGCUUCAGACAACGAGACACCAACUCAGAAAUCAUUUAGCAGGAACAAGAGCGGCCGUAAUUUCAGGAGAGAUUUCAAUAGAGGCACCAAACACGAUGAUUUGUUCAGUGAAGCAGAGCCUGAGAUAUGGGAGUCGGACGCCACAUCUGGAGACGAGGACAUGCCAAGAUAAUGAGAUACUACUGUAACUGAUCAGAAUCGAAUAGGCGUUUGAUGUAAUUUUGUCGAAAGGCCCCGGAUUGAAUGAGUGAUUAUAGAAUAGAAGAACUGUUCUUCCUCCAUCAAUGUCCUGCUGCUGCUGCUGCAUAUCAACAUUCAACAGUGAGACAGAUAGAGAUUAUUAUUCAUGCGGUUAGCUCUUGCAUCAAUGGUGAUUUUUCUUGUCCAAAGUUUAUUAUGGAGAGAACCCAUUCGAUUGCAGCAUUGGCAGGUUCGAGUGGAGAGUCUCAACCCUAAUCUGACCUGUUUACUAUCGUGUCGGAUUCGUGUCAACCGGUAUACAUAAUUGGGUUAAAAUCUUUGACCCAAACCCAAUUAUUUCGUGUCGAGUCGUGUCAGGUAAGUUGUUGCCCGUUCGAUUCGUUUGAUUCAGUCCAUUUCAUCUAUUCAAGGUUGGGAUCUGAAUUUGAAUUUAUUUCUCUACGCUACAAAUACCAAAAUUCACCCCAAUCUAAAAUGAAAUUUGUUAAAUAUCAUCAUCCUAGUUAUUCAAU